UGACUGUACAGUCAUAUGACAUUGUGAGUUCCUGUUAUGUCUGUGUACCAUUUAAUAAAGAACCAACUAUCCCGGGACACAUCAUGGAGUGUGUGAUGGUCGGAUUUGCGUUGCUUUCUGUUUGUCAGUCUGCUUCUCUGCCCAACUUCGUGCUGCUGUUCGCGGAUGAUUUGGGUUAUGGAGAUCUGGGCUUCUCAGCUCAUCCUACAUCCCUCACACCGAACCUGGACCGACUGGCGGCUCACGGGCUCCGGUUUACCGACUUCUACUCCACCAGCCCUGUGUGCAGCCCAUCCAGAGCGUCUUUGUUGACUGGCCGUUAUCAGACACGUUCUGGCAUCUACCCUGGUGUGCUGUACCCAGGAUCAAUAGGUGGGCUUCCGCUCAACGAGACCACCAUUGCAGAAGUACUGAAGCCACUAGGCUAUGCCACAGCCAUGAUGGGGAAAUGGCACCUGGGCUACGGGGCUAAUGGUACUUACCUGCCUACACGACAGGGCUUUGACCAUUACCUUGGCAUCCCAUACUCUCAUGACAUGGGUCCUUGUCACAACCUGACCUGCUUCCCUCCAGAUGUGAAGUGUUAUGGCUUCUGUGAUGUCGGUACAGUAACCGUGCCUCUGAUGGAUGGAGAAACCAUCACUCAGCAGCCUGUAGAUUUUAUUCAUCUGGAAGAUGCCUAUAGUAAUUUUGCCACUGAGUUCAUUCGCAGCGCGACUCAGAAACGCCAACCUUUCUUCCUCUAUUAUCCCUCUCAUCACACUCACUACCCACAGUUUGCAGGGUGGAAAUCAGUGGGCCGGUCGCUCAGGGGGCCAUUUGGAGACGCGUUACUGGAGUUUGACUCCACUGUAGGAAACAUUCUGAAAACUCUGAAGGAAACAGGUGUCCUUAAUAACACACUUGUCUUCUUCACAGCUGACAAUGGACCAGAACUUAUGCGAAUGUCUCGUGGAGGAAAUUCUGGGUUGUUGAAGUGCGGUAAAGGCACUACGUAUGAAGGAGGAAUGAGAGAACCUGCAAUUGCAUACUGGUCUGGAGUCAUUAAACCAGGUGUCACUCAUAGUCUAUCCAGUACUUUGGACAUCCUGCCUACCAUUGCCAAAUUGGCUGGAGCUCCGUUACCCAAGGUUCAGCUGGAUGGAGUGGACAUGAUUGAUAUAUUGUUCAAUCAUGGAACAGGCCAAAGAAAGGCAAUGUUUUACUAUCCAGUUGACCCCAGUGAGAAGUAUGGUGUGUUUGCAGUGAGAUUGGGAAAAUAUAAAGCUCAUUAUUACACCAGGGGAGCGGCACACAGUGACACAACCCCAGACCAGGAUUGUCAUUUUAUCUCCCCCCUGAGGUAUCAUGACCCUCCUUUGCUGUUUGACCUGGAGUCUGACCCAUCUGAAAACUACAGCCUAAAUGUGAAGGAUCAUCCUGACAUGAUCAGCGUGCUGCAGAAUAUCAAGGACCUCAAGGACAGCUUUGAGGCCUCGAUGCAAUUUGGAGAAAGUGAGAUCGGAAAAGGAACCGAUCCUGAUCUGGCACCAUGCUGUAACCCACAGUGCUCUCCCAAACCAGAAUGCUGUAGGUGUGAGACUUCCCUCUGACCAGUUCAUUAAUAAACAUUACAGCUUUUUUUUCUUUAAAAGGGAAGACAGACCAGAGAUGAUAUAAUGUAUUAAAAUCAAUCACUGCCACUCACACAUCCGCUGUGUUUAAUCAGUAAAGACAAUGAAUGCCUUUUUAUAUUUAACAGAUCUUUUGCUUUUAAAUUUAUCAUCAUCUAAUACUGGAUAAGACAUCGGAUUGAUUCAAGGAUGUUUGUUUUCUGUUUUAAUUCAAAUGUAUGAUAAAAAUCAUAAAUAAUUAUGCUGUCUGUAUUCUUGCUAUAGCUCUAAUAUAUGUCUUCUUGCUGAGGAGUACUGAGGAGUAAAUACGCAUGGAAAAAUUCA